AAUUAUUAUGUUUGUUACAAUUAUCACAGGACAAAAAAAUGCUACUGAAUGUUGUGUACAUUUGUUGAAUAGCAUCCAAGCUUGCCUCCCAUUGGAUAGAAUUAGAGCAAUUGGUCAUCGAUUUUAGUGACGUCAGUAGGUACUGCUUUUUUACCGUGGCAAUUAAUGAGAUUGGGCAAUGCAUUUUGUCAUUGGACUGGGCAUCAGCGUGUCGAAACAACUAGCAAGCUCAGGCUACUCGGGCACACCGACGACUAAGGAACGUGAAUACUUCUUUAACAUUGGAAAAAGGGAUCAGAUGAAUGAGUCACUCCAAGGGACUCUAGAGAGGAACGUUGUCCUCCACUGCCGGCCCCCGUCUCCCUCACCCUGCACAGCCUCCCCUCUACAGACAUCAUCAAAUGAGCUCUAUCUGAAUGCCACUUUCUAUGGGUUUGGAUUCAGUACAGCAGCCAGCAGAGAAGAGAGCCAAUCUCUUACAAAGCCUCAUUUUGCCACGGAACCUUAUGAAUUACUUUCAAAAGUGCCUCGAAAGAACUAAAGAAAACCAUGAUUUUUCCUUCAUGUAUAGUGCUGCUGUUUUGAGAGUAUUCCUCUGAUUGACCAUAAAGGGAAGGACAGUUGCAUCAGAGUGGACAGGACCGUAAACUACAUUAAGGCUUUAGGGGAGCAGUCAUAACUUCUCUCUCCAUACGAGCCGACGACCAUGGUCCCCCAGAAGGCUGACUUGACUGUUUUGCCAUGUCAGGAUGUGGUGGAGAUGCCAGUGAAGAAGCAGAGCAGUGAGAGGGACGAGGAGAGUCCUGAUGGGUCUCUGGGUGAGGGUGCUGGGGGGGAACGGAUUCCCCUGCGCAAGUGGGUCAUGCAUGGUGCUGUCAUGUUCGGACGAGAGUUCUGCUACGCCAUGGAGACAGCCCUGGUCACACCAGUAUUACUGCAAAUAGGACUUCCAGAGCAGUACUACAGCCUGACGUGGUUUCUGAGCCCCAUCCUGGGCCUGAUCCUCACCCCUCUCAUUGGCUCAGCCAGCGACCGCUGCACCCUGAAAUGGGGCCGCAGGAGACCCUUCAUCCUGGCACUCUGUGUGGGGGUGUUACUGGGAGUUUCUCUCUUCCUCAAUGGGUCCCUCCUAGGAUUAGCCCUCGGGGACGUUCCCAGCAGUCAGCCCAUUGGGAUAGUGCUAACGGUGCUGGGCGUGGUUCUACUGGACUUCAGUGCAGACGCCUCAGAUGGGCCUAUCAGAGCCUACCUGUUGGAUGUAGCCGACACAGAGGAGCAGGACAUGGCCCUCAACAUACAUGCUUUCUCUGCAGGGCUGGGAGGAGCGGUUGGCUACGUGCUGGGUGGCCUGGACUGGACCAGCACCAUCAUGGGCACGGCCUUCAAGUCCCAGGAGCAGAUCCUGUUUGUGUUUGCUGCCGUCAUCUUCACCAUAUCUGUGAUUCUACACAUGUUCAGUAUCAAGGAGGAGAGUUUUGAGGCUCGUGGUGACACUCUGGGAGACUCCGACUCCGACAGCCUGUCCUCCUCAGAGAAACUGAAGGGGGGCUUGGCGGGGCCUCGUAGUGUACCUCAGCUGGACGUUAUAGGAGAGGAGGACGCCCAGUCAGAGAGGGAGCUCUUCAUCAACGUGGACAGGGUGAGGAGUAAGAGCGACUCGGUGCUGGCCAUGCCUGACGCCACCAUCGAGCUGGACUCAGACCUGGACCAGGACGGUCAUUUCCUGGCCGACAUUGAGCCCUCCAUCUUUCAGGACUACCCCCAAGAUUUGUACCCUGGCACCCCUCAGAGACACUACAGUGGAUGGGGCAUCCAGGACCUGGAAGGCCCCCAGGCCGAGGUUCAGGCAGACAGCCAGCUGCCCCUCUUCCACCAGGACCCCUCCCCCUACUACAGCAGGGAGCACAUGUUGUUCAACAACCAGACCAACCAGGGAGCCAAGUCCCUCAACGGGGCCCCGGCGGUCCCCUCCAACCACAGAGCCCGCGGGGCCAACAGCCAGGGCCGUAUGCCAGGCCUGAGGCCGUCCAACACCAGCACCACUACCGGAGCACGUCGCUUCCCCUUCUACCGCCAGCCAUCAUUUACAUUCUCUUACUAUGGCCGCGUGGGUUCAGCACGAUACCGCCACCGCAGAAACACCAUGGGCAAUCCGGCCGGCGCCAACCUCCGCAUCAAGACCUCGCAGAGCAUGAACGACAUCUACGAGCACAUGCAGCGGCGGCAGCAGAGGAGGGAGCUCCAGCAGAGCAGCACCACACUGUCCAGCGGGGACUCUGAGAGGGACGAUGGAGACCAGGGGGGCACCACGGUCAAGCUGCUGUGGCUGUCCAUGCUGAAGAUGCCCCCCCAGCUGCUGAGGCUCUGCGUCUGUCAUCUCCUCACCUGGUUCUCCAUCAUCGCUGAGGCAGUCUUCUACACAGACUUCAUGGGACAGGUCAUCUAUGAUGGAAACCCCACAGCUCCUGCUAACUCCACUGAACUACAGAACUACCAUAAAGGGGUUCAGAUGGGCUGCUGGGGACUGGUUGUCUAUGCUGCUACCGCUGCAGUCUGCUCAGCUGUGCUCCAGAAGUACCUGGACAACUACGACCUGAGCAUUAAGGUGAUCUACAUCCUGGGUACUCUGAGCUUCUCCCUGGGAACUGCAGUCAUGGCCAUCUUCCGUAACGUCUACGUUGCCAUGGUGAUGAUCAGCACCAUGGGCAUCAUCUCCAUGAGUAUCUCCUACUGCCCCUAUGCUCUGCUGGGCCAGUAUCACGAGAACAAGCAGUACAUCCACCACAGUCCGGGGAAGUCGCGGCGAGGCUUCGGCAUCGACUGUGCCAUACUGUCGUGCCAGGUGUACAUUGCCCAGAUCCUGGUGGCGUCUGCACUGAGCACGGUGGUGGACGCGGUGGGCAGCGUGCGGGUCAUCCCAAUGAUGGCCUCUGGAGGCUCCUUCCUGGGCUUCCUCACCUCCACCUUCCUGGUCAUCUACCCAGACUCCUCCACUCCCACCACUACGCAGGACCAGGAGGGGUAUGGAGAGGAGGGGGCUCCGGCCCUGGUGGCCCCAGAACCAGGCCCCAGUGCUAGCAGUAUGCAGGAGCCAGUAGUCCUUCUCAAAACGUCUCCUAAGGGCAGCAGCAGCACGGCACACUACGAGUCCACUAUUUAACAAAGAAGAAGAGGGACCAGGACAAAAUACUGGUGGCAUCACAAUAGUCAUAAAGUGGCUUCCUCUCUUUGUCUCCUUUCUUCAAUCUGCACAGACAGUGACCAAACCUUAACACUCACUAGUCACAUGAGUUCCAGUGGGAUGGACUGUUCCAAUGAACACGUUGUGCAUUUCUUGACAUAUGGCUGUUUUUCUUUUCCUCGUGGGGUUCAAAUGUUUGUGGUUUCACUGAUUACGUCCCAAAUAGCACCCUACUCCCUUUAUAGUGCACUUUUUUUUUUUUUUUUUUACCUGGGUCCAUAAGGCUCUGGUCAAAUGUAGUGCACUAAAUAGGGAAUAUGGUGCCAUUUGGGACUCAUUCACAGUUUGAAAGGCCUACAGGCCUUAUCAGGAGUAUCCACAAUAUCAGGAGGAGUAUCCACCUCAUACACAGGAUCUAAUGCUGGACUCUCUUUUUUUACUCAUGGGAUCUAAUGCUGGACUCUUUUUCUUAAACGUAACUUGGACUUUUUCUGUAGAUGGUUGUUUAGACUGCACAUGAAUAUUUUCACUCCAUUUCUAAAUUGAAAACAUUUUUUAUUGAUUUUAUUUUGUGAUUAUACGAAAUGGUUUGAGUGACCAAUUAACUUUUUUAGAUCAAACUUAGUUUCCCCACAGACAGAAUGAUAUAGGAGUCCCUAUGUUACUGUGACUCACUAAAGAUGCUACAGUCAGAGGAUCCAGUUCAGAACAGUAUAGGAGUCCCUAUGUUACUAUGACCUCACUAAAGAUGCUGCAGUCACAGAGGAUCCAGUUCAGAACAGUAUGGGAGUCCCUAUGUUACUAUGACCUCACUAAAGAUGCUGCAGCCACAGAGGAUCCAGUUCAGAA